AUGAGCUUAAGUAAUAUAAGAAUAUUUCUAAGAAACAUGUCAUCUCAAUCUACUUCUUUAAGAGCUGCCGAGUUAGAACAAAAUUAUAAUAUAAUCUUGUCCCAGGUUCGCAAACUUAAUCCAAGUGUAAGGUUGGUUGCAGUUUCCAAAUUGAAGCCUGCCUCAGAUAUAUUGUCGCUCUAUAACGUUGGUGUUCGUCACUUUGGAGAGAACUACGUCCAAGAAUUGGUAGCAAAAGCUGCAGAAUUACCCAAGGAUAUUAAGUGGCACUUCAUUGGUGGGUUGCAAACCGGAAAAUGUAAGGAUUUGGCCAAGAACAUUGACAAUCUUUACGCUGUAGAAACUAUUGACUCAUUGAAGAAAUGUAAGAAAUUAGACACUGUAAGAAAAUCUGUGAAUUCCAAUCCAGAUUCAAAAAUUAACAUAUAUUUGCAAAUUAAUACUUCAGGUGAGGAACAAAAGUCUGGGUAUGCCGUAGGCGAUAGUGAAUUAACGGAAACUGUGGAAUAUCUUCUCAGUGAUGAAUGUACGCUGUUAAACCUCGAAGGCUUGAUGACCAUCGGUUCAUUUGAAUCUUCAACUUCUGAUGAUGAAAACUCGGAUUUCAAAAAAUUGGUAUCUUUAAAAUCCAUACUUGAUGAAAAGUACAACUUGAAGUUAGAGUUAAGUAUGGGAAUGUCAAACGAUUUCCAGGAGGCUAUUAGACAAGGUUCAUCUAGUGUCCGGGUGGGUAGCUCUAUCUUUGGGGCAAGACCACCAAAGAAUUAA